AUGAACAUGGAGGAAGUACCAGAGGGGAUGUUGAAUAAUUCACAUGGUGAAGUUGGUUGUUCGUUGACGUAUUUACGAGGCGAAGUUGAUCCUUUGAUCUUCAUUAAGAAGUUGUAUGAAGCGAGAGAUUUCACUAUGCUCUACCGAAUGGAUUAUGGAUAUGAAGAGAAUCCAGAAGAGACCCGUAAACCAAAUAAUCAAUUCAUGAGAUGUAUAUUCAAACUAGACACAUUAGAAGAAGGCUGGAAUGAGAGAAUGAUAGGAGCUUUAAAACCCGUCCAAGGUGUAUCAUUUACCAUAGAUGCACCAGCACAAACGGUAUUUGCAUGUGGGAACAUUGAAGUUGGAGUACUGAUGAAGACGAUAGAGAAGACAGGCAAUCAUCUAUUGUCAAUCGACUAUGGAGUCGAGACUGUCGAGUGUAAAGAUCCAAACCUGAAGCCACCAGCCAAAAGACUUGAAGCUGCUACUCCUGCGAAUGAAACUGAGGCACAGCCUGCGAAAGACACAGUGCCUACUCGUCCUGAAGAUGUUAGUACAUCAACGAAACAAAGAGUCAUACAUGCGAGGCUUUAG